UAGCAACAAAUGUGAUCUCUUAUACUCAGCAUGUGCUCAGAUUCCGAGGCUGCUGCACCAGAGGGAUCCCAGCGCUGCUGGCUCUCCUGUGAGGGCCGCUUUCGCUUGGCAUGGUGCUCGUGAGCAGAUGGACACCAAGCCGUCCUGCCAGGAAAACAGUAUGUGCAUCGUGUCAGUAGUUUAG